AUGAGUAGCAGCUCGCGCCAGCGCUCUGCGACCCGAUCUGAUACCCACGACCGAAAUUCGAGCCCAUUCCCAUCCAUACCACGAUCCAGAGACGAGAUUCACAACAUCGACGGCCUCGUCUUCAACGUCAACGACUUGCCGAGCCACAACUCGACCAAGACCUCGACGACGUCGACGACGACGACGACAACGGCCAGACCCGUGCCUCCAACUGUAAACAGCACCUCUGCCGUAUCGCCGUACCCUCGACCGAGAAACUCGUCCAACUUUCUCUCUGCCGGCGGUCUUCGCCCGAGAGCCUCGACUGCGAGCUCUGUGCCGACCACUCCUCUCCUCGGGCACGAACCCGUGAGGCCAGCUACCAGAGCUGGCCCGCCUCCUCCACCGCCGCCAAUGUAUCAAAACACCCAACGACAUGCCUCGUCGGCAGACCCCUCGAGGCCAUUCCAGGUCCCUCCGCCGCCGCCCCCCAUGUCGCCGCCCGUUCAGGGUCAGAUGAACAACAUGAUGUCUAUACCCCCUCCGCCCCCGAGGUUCCCUUCUGCUCCCGGUGCGACGGGCGGGAGCGGCAUGAUGCUUCCCCCGCCUCCAGGGCCGCCGCCCGGAAGUGCAAUGGCCGGCCAGGCGCCGUGGCACGGUGCCUUUGGACGCAUGUACGAUGGCCGUGGCGGCUUCAACGUGCCCCCUCCCCCGCCGGGCCAACACCAGGCCUACAACCCCAAGCUGCAUGCACAAGUUGCGCCGGGCACCACACUGUCGAUACCGCCACCGCCUCCACCGAGCGAUCAUGGGCAGAUGUCUGCAACGUACAUACCACAAGGCGACACGUACGGCGAAGGAGUAGGGAUACCGGGCCUGGGCGGUUUCGACGAUUCGGGCACAUUUUCGGCAACGUCCCAGGGCUCGUGGCCGACGAACAGCCAGGCCAGCGGUGACACGAUGAUGACUACACCGCAAGACGACAUCUCUGGGAGGGAUAGACUUUAUGCCCAGGCUAUGCACAGCCGCGGAUUGUCGACCACAUCGACUGCGACGAUCGCUUCCAGUAUCCAUCCGGACCUGGCGGCGCAAUGGCCAUUAGAGAAGGUGUUGCUGUGGCUCGCCUCGAAUCAGUUCUCCAAGGACUGGCAGGAAACGUUCAAGGGACUCAACCUGCAUGGCGCGCACUUCCUGGAGCUUGGCAGUGCACAUGGCGGCCGAGGAAACUUUGGUAUGAUGCACCAGCAGGUGUACCCCAGGCUGGCCGUCGAAUGCACAAACAGCGGGACGGGAUGGGAUCAGCCGCGGGAGCGGGAGGAAGGCAAGAGAAUGCGACGUCUCAUAAGAAGUAUCGUGACCGGCCGGCCGGCCGACCCGUCGAAAGUAUCUUCGCAUGGACGGAAAGAGUCGGUCAACCACGGCAAUAACUUGCCUAGCGCUGGGUCGGACAUGGCAGAAUCCCCCAACGUGAGUAUGAUAACCCGUGUGGGUGAACAUGCGAAGGCUGAUGGACGGCAGACGCCGAUCAAGGCGCCGGGGCCUGGAUUCGGCGGGCGGCGAUUCUCGCAAACCAGGUCCACGACCAUGCCCUCUUUGAACAACACCAUGAGCUCCGAUUCUAACCACAGAAACAUGUUGAAGCAACUCGAUGUAGACGGCACCCGUCGACACAGCCCGAAUGCCAGCGAGUCUGGCGAGGGCACGUUUCGUCCGCCGCCGCUGCGAACCGACAGCCCCAACGGCAGUCCAAACCCUCAGAGCGCAACCCUGUUUCCUUCCUCCGCCGGCCAAAUGUCGGCCUCCCCGCACUCGACCAAGUUCGGGCACAGGUCGAGGAACAGUACAGAUUCCGUGUCGUCGAGUGCGGCCAUCUACGGGUCAGGUGUGCCGCCUGAGGCUAGUCAGAUGCUACGCAGCGGCAUGAACAUUGCAGACAUCAUCCAAGCGACCCGCAGCAAUGGCGAUUCCCGUCGGCUCGGUCAGGACGGUGGCCGUCCUUCGCCGCAGGAGUCGAAUGGAGACCGCUCCGCUGGCACUGAGCCUCCUUCCUCCGCCAAGGACUCCAAGAGCUUUCUCAGCUUUUUGUCGAGAAAGAAGAAGCAGAAGGAAGAUGGAUUCCCCAGCCCUGACGAUAUGGAGUCGCCGACCUCUCCAGCACUCAAUUUCAAGGCUCAUUCGUUCGGCUCCCGCUUUGGAAACAACAGCGAGACAUCUCUGGAUAUUCGGCCUGGCUCCAGCUUUGACGUAUACGAGAAGGAUGCAGCCAAGUCGAGGCGUCCCGGGCCGAUCAGAGUCUUCGUGUUGGCCACCAUGGACGGAUACAACUAUCGCAUGUGCGACAUCACCGAAGCCGAGUCCGCGGCGGACCUUCGCCAGAUUAUUUGCAGCAACCUGGGUUUGACGGACGCCGCAAGUUCUCAGAUUUACCUCACUGAGCUCGGCAAGUCCAACCAUGACAAUCCCCUCGACGACCAGAAACUACUCAACAACCGCAAACACAGGGCGGAUGCUACAGGGUCCCUCAAGUUCUUCGUUCGUCCUGCUGGCGCUGUGCCUCAGGGCCCUGCCAAUCCCAACAACGUACAAUCGCAUACAUCCCUUGACGAGGAAGCGUACAAUCGUCUGAACGGUGUGUCACGGACGAGGUCUAGUUCAUCUCCACCGACGUCGAGACAGAACACCUUGACUGGGGAAAGAAUAGAUGACAAGAUGCUUGCACAAGAAGCAAGCGAGUACCGUGCUGAGAUGGAGCGUAAGCAGCGCGAGUACCUGGAGAAGAGACGGCGAGCGGCUGGCUCAGGCAACACGCCGGAUAGCGCAACUACAUCGUACGGCAUCCAUGGAAGGACCGUCGACUUUGAUCAGCCACGCCAGUCGCCGUAUGAAGACAAGAAGCCAGACGUGCUGUUCCCCGUGCGGAAGCCCCCUGCGCCACCGAGCGACCCAUCGGCGACGCUGCUCAAAGCCAACUCCCUGAGCAGGAAGUCGGGCCACUCAAUGCGGUCAUCAGAUGGGCUGUCUGCGCCUCGAAGGCCCUCUACCCUAUUUGAGGACAUGAAGCUCCCCGGACAGAACAACGGAGACAGGAAGAAGAAGACAUCGAGCCAGCCCGUCGCCGGUAUUGGCGCAGCACUCGUCGGGAUGGGCAGAGGCCUCGGAGCGGUUGGCGUCACGGCCAACCGUAGGUCCAAGUCGCCCAACCAAGAAUUCUCGCAACCAGUCCUGGGUAGCGAGCAGUCAGACAGAGUCUUUACCGGGGAGGGACAGUCCCCAGUCGGCGUUGUCUGGCUCACCCGGCACUCUCACCUGGAGCCGUAG